AAAGAAACAUGAAGCUAUCCCCAACCUAAAACUCACACUCCUUCCAUCCACCCGACACUGUCGCAGUCUCGAUCCAGAAUUGACUUUCUGGUGUGGUAUUUGUUCUUGGUUUCUGAUUAAGCUUUCGCAAUGGUUGCCUUUAGGAGAGCAGUCGCUCUCAAUGCUGUCGCCGUUGCGCGACUCCAAUCUCGAACCUUGACAUCCCGCUCUCGAUCCCUCGCCAUCGCCACACAAUGCCGCGCCUACACAUCGCCGAGUUCCCGACGACAAUAUGCUUUUCACUCACAACUCGAGAAUUCUCCUACUCCGACUCCUUCAGCUUUCCAGUACCAGCGAGCGCCUUUGGUGGAGAACCCCCAGACUCUCGUGGAGAAGAUCGCCCAGAAAUACGCCGUUGGCCUCGCUCCCGGCAAGAAGAUCAAGGCUGGAGACUAUAUUACUCUUAAACCGCAGCAUUGCAUGAGUCACGACAAUACCUGGCCUAUUGCUACGAAAUACGCAUCGCUUGGUGCUUCUAAGAUACAUGAUAAUCGCCAACUUGUGUUCACAUUAGAUCAUGAUGUGUCGAAUAAGUCAGAGAAUAACCUCCGAAAGUACUCUUUAAUUCAUGAGUUCGCCGAGAAGCAUGGGAUUACGAACUAUCCUGCCGGCAGGGGAAUCGGACACCAGAUUAUGGUGGAGGAGGGAUACGCCUGGCCAGAAACAGUUUCCGUGGCGAGUGACAGCCAUAGCAACAUGUACGGUGGAAUUGGUUGUCUAGGAACGGCUGUCGUUCGUACAGACGCAGCCUCCAUCUGGGCUACCGGACAAACCUGGUGGCAGGUCCCCCCCGUUGCAAAGGUCACUUUCACCGGCAUCCUACCCGCGGGCGUUACCGGUAAGGAUGUCAUUAUCGCUCUUUGCGGCCUCUUCCGCGAUGAUCAAGUAUUGAACCACGCCGUCGAGUUUGCCGGUGGUGAGAGUCUCCCCAUCGAUGACCGCUUGACCAUCAGCAACAUGACAACAGAGUGGGGUGCCCUCGCAGGUGUUUUCCCUGUUGACGACAUGCUCAUCUCAUGGUACCGCGGCAAGGCUACCACCAACGCCAUGUUCAACGGCUCUUCAAAGGACCGCAUCAACCACAAGCGAAUCGACGAGCUCGAGCACAACAGAAUGUCUGCUGACCCCGGUGCCACAUACGCCAAGGAGCUCUACCUCAACCUAUCUACUCUAUCACCAAUCGUCUCAGGACCCAACUCCGUCAAGGUCGCCACUCCCCUGAACAAGCUCGAGGCUGAGAACAUCCCCGUGAACAAGGCUUACCUUGUAUCUUGCACCAACUCUCGAGCUUCUGAUAUCGCAGCUGCUGCUCGUGUCUUCCGUGAGGCUGCUAAGGAGGGUAAGCCUGCCAAGGUUGCGCCAGGUGUCGAGUUCUACAUCUCUGCGGCGUCCAUCCCUGAACAACAGAUUGCCGAGGAGGCUGGAGACUGGCAGGUCCUGGUUGAAGCUGGCGCUAUUCCCAUGAUGUCAGGAUGUGGACAAUGUAUCGGUUUGGGAACUGGUCUUCUUGAGCCUGGUGAGGUCGGUAUCAGUGCCAGUAACCGUAACUUCAAGGGCCGCAUGGGUUCCACAUCAGCUAAGGCAUACCUCUCCAGCCCUGAGAUCGUCGCUGCCAGUGCUCUCCAAGGCAAGAUCGCUGGUCCUGGCUGGUACCAGAAACCCGAGGGUGUUGAGAAGGUCAUCAUUGGCGAGGGAAGCGGUGACUUUGUUGCUGACAAGGCUCUGUCCAUUGAGGAUGCUCUCGACAAGAUCAUCAACGAGGCUGAUGCUUUGAUCGCCGCUGCCGAGAAGUCAGAGGGUGCCGCUAAGGAAGCUAGCCCUGCUGCGUCCGAGGAGGAGUCCCUGACUGAGAUCCUCCCCGGUUUCCCUGAGAAGGUCGAGGGUGAGAUUGUCUUCUGCGACAGCGAUAACAUCAACACCGAUGGCAUCUAUCCAGGCAAGUACACAUACGAGGACAACAUCUCACCAGAGAAAAUGGCCGAAGUCUGCAUGGAGAACUACGACACCGAAUUCGGCAAAAUCGCCAAACCCGGCGACAUUCUCGUCACCGGUUUCAACUUCGGCUGCGGCUCCUCGCGUGAACAAGCCGCCACCGCCAUCCUCGCCAAGAAGAUCCCCCUCGUUGUCUCCGGCAGCUUCGGCAACAUCUUCAGCCGCAACAGCAUCAACAACGCUCUCAUGGGCGUCGAAGUGCCCCGUCUCGUUGAGCGUCUUCGCGAGACUUACAAGAACGAUACCGAGAAGCCCCUUACUCGCCGUACGGGGUGGAAGUUUGUCUGGGAUGUUCGAAGGUCCAAGGUCGUUGUUACGGAGAAGGAUGGGAAGCAGUGGGAGCAGAAGGUUGGGGAGUUGCCUGCUAAUGUGCAGGAGAUCAUUGCUAAGGGCGGUUUGGAGAAGUGGGUUAAGUCGAAAAUUGAGGCGUGAACGUGUGAUUUUGUGUAAUAUAGAGGGUAUUUAGAUGUUGGAAAUAAGUAAAAGUCUUGA